AUGGAUAAGUAUGAUUAUGAUGCUCUGAUCGUGGGCUCGGGCCCCAUUGGUGCCACCUACGCCAGGCUUCUAGUCGAGGCGGGUUACAAGGUACUGAUGGUCGAGGCUGGUGCACAAGAGAGCGAACACGCUGGGGAGCACAAGAAGAACGCUGUAGCCUUCCAGAAAGACAUUGAUGCUUUUGUCAAGGAAAACCAAAUAUACAAUGGGCAGAAUCCCAAACAGGAUCCAACGGUGAACCUUGACGCGAACGCCGUGGCACGCAAUGUGGGCGGCAUGUCCACCCAUUGGACCUGUGCGACCCCCGAACAACUUAAAGGGCUGGAACGCUCGACCAUCUUCACAGACGACGAAUGGACCGCACUGUAUAAGCGUGCGAAAGACCUCAUUGGAACGCGCACAGAUGUUUUAGAGGAUUCAAUUCGCCAAGAACUGGUCCUCCAGAUCCUAAAGGACGAAGAAACCAAAAAAAACAAGGAUUUUAUUAUCUGGUCGUCGUCCUCCACUAUCCUUGACCCAAUUAAAGAUAAAAAGGACGAUGAUGGAGAGCACCUCUUUACUCUAUGGUCGCAGUGCAUUUGCGAUAGACUUCACUUUGAGGAUACAAAGGACAAAGAGGGAGCGGUCAAGUGUGCCCAGUUACUCCACUUCCGCACGAACAAGGAACAAUACGUCCGGGCCAACAAAUACAUCAUCUGCGGUGGAUCGAUACUCACGCCACAGUUACUAUAUAAGUCAGGGUUCAAGCCGAAAGAAAAGAUGUCUAAAGAGACGCCUACUUACCUCCGGCUUCCAGCUUUGGGACACAAUCUGACCGAGCAAACCAUGUGCUUUUGCCAGAUCGUCUUGAACAAAUCCUGGAUCAACGCAGUGGCCGACGAUAACCACAAUCCAUACCCGAACGAUCCUCAAAAGAAGGAAGCAUGGGAAAAACUCAGGGCAAAGUGGAAGCCGAAAGUGGACCAGCACAAGGAAGAGACCAUAGCGCAAGGUUAUGAGGAUCCGUUACCGUUUCCGUUUAACGACUUAGACCCUCAGGUUACCCUUCCCCUGUCGGAGUGCUAUCCCUGGCACACUCAAAUCCACCGUGACGCGUUCUCCUAUGGCGCAGCGCCCCCAGCGAUUGACAAGCGAACCAUUGUUGAUCUGCGAUUUUUCGGAAUGGUGAAGCCCAGCUGGGACAACUGCGUGACGUUUGAAGAUGAUAUCCAGGAUGGCUACGGCAUGCCGCAGCCUACAUUCAAAUUCACACUCGGUGAAGAGGACCGCGAGAACUCCCAUAGAAUGAUGCAAGACAUGGAAAAAGUAGCUGGUAGCUUGGGUGGCUAUCUCCCCGGCUCCGAGCCCCAGUUCCUGGCCCCUGGCCUGGCACUGCACGUUUGUGGCACCACGGCGGCUGGGAAGGAGAAAGAGGUUUCAUGCUGUGAUUUGAACAGUAAGGUCUGGGAUUUCAACAAUCUCUACCUGGGAGGGCUGAAUGUUAUCCCCGGUUCGAACGGCUCUAAUCCCACUUUGACUGCAAUUUGCUUUGCCAUCCAAGGAGCGGAAGAUGUCGUUAGCAGCUUGAAGGCGAAUAAGUAG